UGACAAAAUCAAACGUUAGACUUCAUGAACAAACGGAACAAAAGGAAAACAAAUGUCAUAUUCCUGGCUUGGUACAGUUUCCGCAGAAAAUGGUGGGUUAAACCUGGUUUUAAAGCUAGCUAAACUGCCCAUUUAAGACAGGUGCUUAUAUAUAGUUCCAUCAUUUUGACAAAAUUGGAUGAGCAUCCAAUACCGGCAUAACAGAUACGUACAGUGAGUACGAACUACGAUCAUUUACUCCGACACUCAUUAUACACUGCCACAAAAGAGCAUAAUCAUAAUAGACACUCGUGUGAUGAGUUCAAAAAAGGUUCUGAUACUAUAUAAAGCUACAUACUGCUAGACGAAUUCUAAAAAAUAAUGAAUCAUUGCAAAACAUUUCAAACAAUGAAAAUAGCUAGAUUGUACCGGACUGUGGUUUUCUUAUUUUUGCGGAAUUUGGUGUCGAUGGAAGAUCUUUGGUUGCUUAAUUAACACACAACUCGGACCUCUUGAUGUCUUUUGGUUAUUUUGGUCGUUGGAUUGACAUUUUAUAAAAUGAUUGGAUCUGCCACAUGUAAUUCAUCGGUGGGCCAAAAUUAAAUGGUUUUUUUUACAUCAAACUUCCACAGAUCACUCAUUUUUUUCUCGAAAAUACGAAAAGUCGGUUUAAUUCAGCUUCAAAAGAGGGACGAAAGAUACCAGAGGGACAUUCAAUCUCAUAGAUCGAAAACAAACUGACAACGCCAUGGCCAAAAAUAAUAAGACAAACAGACAAAUAGUAGUACAGAUGACACAACAUAGAAAACUAAAGUCUAAGCAACACGAACCCCACCAAAAACUGGGGGUGAUCUCAGGUGCUCCGGAAGGGUAAGCAGAUCCUGCUCCACAUGUGGCACCCGUCGUGUUGCUUAUGUUAUUACAAAUCCGGUAAAUAGUCUAAUUCGGUAGGUCACAUUCGUGAAAAGGGAAGGGUAUUGUAGUUACGACAUAAGGAACAUAUCCGAUAUCAUCUGUGAAACGGUUAUUCCAUAACGGUCAACCAACUCGUGAUGGCGUCCGUAAAAUUUACGAAGGGAUGAUUUCAACUUCACCAUUUGGAACUCUUGGUUUAAUAGCUUCCUUGUGAGCAGCAAUCCUCUACAAGGAAAUCAUGAUAGGAAAUACAAGCCCGGGAAUAUCGUAUCAAUUGGGAGAUAUAUACUCCGUAUGCAGGCGCUGCUGGAAUGUUGCUACAUAAAAAUAGAAAAUUCACAAUUGCGAAGCUGAAAUCAUCUCUUUUGUCGUAAAGUUUAGUUUUCAACCGACCCUCAUUGUCAAUUUCUAGAUGUAAGUCAAGAUAUGAGGCAGACUUAACUGUAUCUGUAGUAUCCUUUAUCUCUAGUUCUAUGGGAUGGAUUUAACGUACAAGCAUUGUUGUAAAACCCCGGUCGUAUUACACGUUUGUGCUUCCAUCAACCAACAGCCACCCCAUAAAACAAGACACUGUCUCAUAUCGGUAUAAACAAAUAUCUAUUCAAAAUAACGGAAUAGGAAACAUGACACACAGUCAAUAUACACGCACUUGUCAACCCACAUACAAGGUAACAAUGUAUUUAUUACUGUUCUUCAUCUCAAUGUCACAGUGAGGCCUUCCCAAAGAACAGACACUGUAACAUCACUGUACGUUCAAGUCGAACCGAAAUCUCAGAAAGAAUGUCAUAAAAUGCCUAUUAAUCAUCUAACAAUCAACUACAGAACUUUUACAACAUGUGACAAUCACGGGACAAUCUGAGAUAAAUAUUAGAUAAAUUGGAAGGAAACAAUGUAUAUGAACAGGGUCAGUGAUUCAGGUGGUCUGUGUAAUAAUUUUGAGCGAAAAGGAAGCACAUGAGAUCACCCCUUUUUUUGGUGGGGUUCGUGUUGCUCAUUCUUUAAAGUUCUCUAUUUGUAGACUAAUGUCUGUUUGUCUUUUGGUUAUGUGCCAUGGAAUUCAACCGGCCAGUUCGUUUUCGUCUUAUGAGUUUGAAUAUACCUUUGGAGUCUUCCGCCUCUCUUUUAUCUCGAGAAAGUUCAAAUUGCAUCGUCAGAGUAGUAGAUUUAAAUUUGAACUAGAUAACGAUUCAUUUAUGUAAUAUUGUGAAGAUUCAAGAAUAAAAGUUUCAAGAUGUAUGUAUUGUAAAGAAUCAAGAAUAAACGUCGUACCAUAAAAACGAUUACAAGUGAUACAAAGUUCUAUAUAGGCGUAUGUAAUAUCCCUUAACAUAAUAGUUGACAGGGUCAGACAAGAAUUUUGAAAAAGCUGAUACUUGUGCCAAAUAAAGGUUUGAUUAGAUUUCAGAUAAGAUCCUUAAACUCUGAAUAUUGCAUUAUCUAAUUUGGAAGUACACACGCACGACCCUUUUAACAGCAGCAAUAACAUGUCUUGAAUGGAACCGCUGAAAGAUUUUUUAUCAAAACAUGCAAAUCGUGCUUAAUCUUUUCGGUAUAUAACGCUAAUAUAGGCAAAUAAUUUUCCCUUCUUAAGAACAAAAUAACUAAAAGUACACACUUUGUAGGCAUAAAUAUUCAGCAAUGAAUCCCGUUAUACAAAACCUGAUACAAAUUGCGAUGGAAAAACUUUCAAAAAAUAAAAGCAUUAUUUUUCUUUUGUUCCAUGUCAGUCUUUGGUUUUAUUAAAUGCCAGUCUUAAUCAUAAAUGUAAACUACUUUAACGUAUAUGACUAAACUUUAUUUUUUGAUUAUAUGAACAUAUUUUUUGUGUUUUAUUUUUUUACCUCAGACCAUGAAAAAAUACCAGCAAUAAGCGGUUUCAAAACAAAGAACCUUUGACCAAAACUGACUAAUGGAAACAAAUUGAUUGGCAUUGGUUGUAAAUUUUGGCUAAACUUAUUAACUCACAACUAAGUAAUUACGGAAUAUUUUAUAGAAAAUAUUUUGCAAGAAUAAUAUUGUCUGUUGCGGUUUUUUUUUAAAGUCUUUUCAAAUAUUUCAGCAUCUUGUUAAAGUUAUGAAUAAUGAUAGUUCUCCAACAAAAAGAUUAGGCCAACAUGAAUAAUAUUGAACCCUCGAAAUGUUACUAACAACAUUUCCACCGCCUUAAUUGUGACGUUCUGUCUUUCCGCUUUGUUCCAACGUCCAACAAGAAGACGUUCAGAUUAUGACGUUACCUCUAUUUAACAUCCGGGCUAUCUUUCCCUCGCUACGACGGAAAGCCCAGCAAGAAAAUUCUGAGUAGCAGUCUUUUAGAGAAAUCAAAGAAAAGAAAAUGGAUUGUGUCUAUUUUCCAGAUAUUUACAGCAUUACUUCACUUUCACACAGAACAAUUGACGUAUUUGCUACAAUCAGCGAGUCCCUUGAGGUGACUUUCCAUUCGGAAACUUCAGAUUUUCCAAGACAACAAAUACAUAGCAUCAUGCAGGAAAUGGUGACUUACAGAGACAAUACGGAAUUUCCAGAAAUAAACAAAUUACUUUAUCUCCUGACUGAGAUGGUGUUGGGUGUUGUCGAAUCACACCAGAUAGACAGUGUUAGUAGUAGGCAGAUAGACAGUGUUAGUAGUAGGAAGUCCGUUGCUGAAAGGAUCCAGAACAAAUUCCUUAAACUGGUUUCUUCAUCUAACAGCAUUGAACCAAUUCCAACAUUUGAUCAUGUAAAAACUGAAGAAUAUUAUGCUGAUGUCGAUGAAAUGUAUAAACUGAUGAGGACACACAAACACAUUUACAGAGAAAUUAAAAGACAACAAGAGAUAUGUUGGAUUGCUAACAGUAAGGUGCAGACAUACGAAUUAUGCUUGAAGACGGCCGAGAUGUCACGAAAUCACAUGGCAGACAAACUAUCCAGAUCAAAGUUGAAAGAGCGAGAUGACAGCAUUAGAUAUUUGCAGAAAACACUAAAUGAUAAAAAGCAGAAAGCAGCAGAAACUGCCAAAAGAUACCAAACUUUAAUAACAAAAGAGAAAACAGCAAGAAAUGCUUUACUGCUGAUUGAAAGGAAUCUAUUGGACGAUAUUACAUUCAACUUGAUAGAUCGUAUUCAGAGUGGACUAGUAUCUAUGAAGUAUAUCAUAGCCACACAAACUAAUAAACUGUAUGAAAUACUUCCACACAUUGACGAGUUUGACUGCCGAUUGGCUGCAGAAUCAAUUAUAGAGAAGCUUAGCUCCAAAUACCAAUAUAGUUCACCACAGGAAUUUCACAUUGCAAACGGAUUUAAUGCCAAGUUACCAGAUAUACGAUUUGUAAGUUGCAAAACAUAUAUACAGAUAAUGACGAAACAACCAUCUGAGCCUCAAUCUGAGCAGACAAAAGAACAACGUAAUAAUAAUAACGUCAGUAACCACGACAACCAGUUCAAAUUUUUAAGCAACACUUAUGUGAAAACAAAAGAUUUGUCAGAGAAACCCAACGAGUGCUUUGUCAAAAUAACCAAAGGGAUGGUUGUUAAGUUGAAGAUUGCCACAGACGAAUCAAAGGUUGCCUUUGGGUGGUAUAAGCCAAAUCCAUGGAAUCAGAAAAGAUGGGGAUUCUUUUGCAAAUCCGCUGACAACUUGAAGAGGACAUAAACAUUGAUGAGAUUUUUAUCGGUUCUUUUAUGGAUGGAUCAUGACUACGUGUGAUUUUAUUAUAUAUUACCAUAUAUAUAUAUAUACAUGUAUGCGUUUGUGUGAUUGGGAGAAUAAGAGUAUAUAUGUCUGUAUGAGGCAGCUUAAUAGUCUUUGUGAGUGAGAACAGUGUCGGUGUGAUUUGUACAGUGUAUUAUUUAUGGAUUGAAAAUCUAAGGAGUGUACGUGUGAGUGAGUUGUGUUUGGAGAGCAAAAGAGAGACAAUAGAGAUGACAUGCGUGUUGAGUGUAAAUGUAUAAAACAGUAUGUAUGUUUCUAGAAUCUAUUAAUUAAACAUUAAUUUUCCUAAA